AUGCACGACGACACCGAUCAAAACGGAGCCAGGCUGCGUCCGACGGUGCCGACGCCGGACCAUGUCGACCGCAUGGUCCGGCCGGGCGUCCGUAGCAUCGUGAGAUAUCUGGGCGAUCGUCUGGGCGGGAGCCAGGCGAUUGCAGUUUGGCGCGCUCUGGAAAAGGAGAGCGCGAACCAUUCUUCCCUGGGCCGGCAGCUUCUGCAGGUGCUCGGAAAGCGGCUGCGAGGCAGCCCUGCCGAGGCGCAAGCGAGGCUAAUGGACUAUGCCCGAGCGCUCAUCGACCCACAAUUUUCAGGGUUGCGCGCCGUUGCGGAGCGCCUUCACGCCUCUGACAAGUCUACGGCGCGAGCAUUGGAAGAAAGGGCCGCCAAGCUGGACACGGAAUAUGUCGAACUGCUCCUUCUCGACCUCCUCGACACGGCAUUGGCGGCGGCAGUAGCAAAGGACGGGCCGUUCAAGCUCCCAGGCGAGAGGCCGGUGGCUUUGGACGUCAUCUGCUCCCACCGGGGCACCCAACGCUAA